GCAUUCGGGCCUUGCUGCAGGUUGGGCUGUAGAUUUUGUUGAACAAGUCGCGGAAUAUGGCUUCUCCCAGUGUAACUACUGAGAGGAAAAAAUUGGCUGACCUGCGGGUUAUUGAUUUCAAAACUUUACUCAAGCAGAGAAAUCUGGACGUUACAGGUGUGAAAACUGUUCUGAUGGCCAGGCUGAAGCAGGCAAUUGAAGAUGAAGGUGGUGAUCCUGAUAGUAUAGAAGUACCUGUCAGCUCUGAUUCAAAGAGAGCAUCCAAGACCAAAGGUAAGAAGCAGGAUGCAGAGGAAUCUGGCUGUGAAGCAUCAAUGGAAGAAGAUUCUAUCAAGGAUAAUGAUUUAGAGACUCAAGAUGCAAGUGAUCAAGAGGAGAUGAAGGACUCGGAAGAAAAUGAUGACGAAAUACAGAAGUCCACAGAUGUAUUGAAAAGCAGAGGAUUGAAUCAGAAAUUCAUAUCUGAAGACACAGAGGGAGAUAAGGAUGAACACCUGGUAGCGGAAGAGGAUGAAAGUAAAGAUAUAGCAGGUUCUGGUGAUGUUUCACAAGAAGUAUCUAAACCUCUCCAAUCAGAAGGAAACAGAUCAGAAAAGAGAGAAUUGAAAACUAGCACUUCCUCGAAAGAAGCAGAUGACGAUAAUGUUUCGGUCACAAUCCAGGCUGAAGAUGCUAUUACGAUCGAUUGUGAUGGUGAUGACCUCCUAGAAACAGGUAAACAUGUGAAACUUGCAGAUUCUGAGACAAGCAAGCCAAAGGAUCCACAGGGUACGAAUGACUCAAAAGAUGGCCUUGAAGAAAAGAAAAAUGAUGGAUUGGCUGAGAACCAAAAAGAUAAGAAGGAGGUCAGCACAUCAGGAGAUGCAGCUAAGAAGGAAACCAGAGAUGGUGCUAAGAAAGCUGAAUCUGGAGACAGCAAAGACAAGGAUUCUCAGAAGAAAGGGUCCUCCUCUGCAGGGGCCUCUGGUCAAGCAAAGAGUUCCUCCAAGGACUCUAAAGAAAACAAGACAUCUAAAGAAGAUAAAGGUAGUAGUAGUGGCACAAGUGGAAGUUCAACUAGAAAUCUUUGGGUUAGUGGCCUUUCCUCAAAUACAAAAGCAGCCGAUCUAAAGAACCUGUUUGGGAAACAUGGGAAGGUUCUUAGUGCUAAAGUCGUAACUAAUGCGCGAACACCAGGAGCGAAAUGCUAUGGAAUUGUAACAAUGUCCUCCAGUGCUGAUGUGGCAAGAUGCAUCUCUCAUCUUCAUCGUACUGAGUUGCAUGGUCAGCAAAUCUCUGUAGAAAAGGUGAAAAAUGAUCCUUCAAAAAGGGAUAUUAAGAAGGAAGGAGAUGAAAAGUCAGGGGAGAGAAAAUCUUCAGGAGGGGAUAAAAGCAAGACACAGAGCUCUGUCAAAAAAGAGGACAAAAAGUCUGAUAAGGCAGAUAAAAAAGAUAGCAAAGAUUCAAAAAAAGACAAAGAUAAGAGUGAUGGGAGUGGCGAUACCACUCAGAAUUCUAGGAAGAGGGAAGACAAGAAACGGAUGAGUGGCAGAAGUCCAGGACAAAUGGUGGUCAUAGAUCAAACAAAAGGGGACCAGUUUUACAUGAGACAACCAUUAAGAAGAGGACGAUUUGUAAGAAACAGAGAAAGGCCAUUUCAAAACAGGAUGAAGUUCAGAGAAUUCAGAGACAGAAAACCUAUGCCAUUUGAUAAAAUGAAAGCUCAUAAAUUCCGGGAACAUGCAGAACGUUUGGAACGUAUUCGGCGAGCAGUAGAAUUGAGAAGGCGUAGAGAAAUGGCUGAAAGAGAACGUCGUGAACGAGAACGUAUCCGUGUACUACGUGAACGUGAAGAACUUGAUCGUCUACAGAGAGAAAGGGAGCGUCUAGAGAUAGAAAGACAAAAACUGGAAAGAGAGAGAAUGGAACGGGAGCGUCUUGAAAGAGAGAGGAUUCGUAUUGAACAGGAAAGGCGAAAAGAAGCUGAGCGUAUUGCUCGUGAAAGAGAAGAAUUGCGUAGACAACAAGAGCAACUUCGUUUUGAACAGGAGAAAAGGAAUUCUCUAAAGCGCCCACGUGAUGUUGAUCACAGACGAGAUGAACCUUUCUGGAAUGAGAAGAAGAUGGCGGUUGAUACAGACUCUCGGUUCAGUCAUGGAUCUGACUUUAACCGCCAGCCUACCAGAUUCAAUGAUUUUGAUCAUAGAGACAGAAAUCGGUAUCCUGAGAAUUCUUCAGUAUCCUCAUUUGAAAGGCGUGACCGCUUUGUUAAUCAGGGUGAUGGUAAAAAGGGCCGUUCAACUGGACUUGAUAGCUUUAAUAAGACCUUUAAUGAUGGCCGACGAAAUGAAACUGCUCAACCAAGGAAUGAACUCAGGGAUACCGAUAGGAGGGAUAGGGAUGAAAGAAGAACGGUGGCUAUUGAAAGAACAGGAUCGAAUCGAAAUGAAAACCAAGGUCAUGAAAGGGGAAGGAUAAGCAAUCCAGAUACCCAACAUGGAAGGCACCAGAGGGAUCCUGGAGCUAAUCAAGCAAGAGCAACCAACUGGAAGGGGGAAGGAGGAAUGCCUUCAGAGAAGAGAGAUGCAAGAGGUGCAAGGGCAGAUAGGCCAGGAAGAGAAGGAGCUGUGCGCUCAUCGCGAGGGGAUCAUGUAAAUCUUCCAUCAGGAUACGGUGGCAGGGAUGGGGAUCGUUCAGUUAUUGUGGCUGGCAGAGGAAGUGGUGGUCAACCGUUUAAUGAAGGAAGACGUGCUGCCAUGGAUCGUCAUGGGCGCGGUGCUGGUGGACCAAGGAAAGACUGGCAUGGGUCAAGCACACAGAACACAGGAUAUGAUAAUAGAAGAAUGCCAGAUGAUCGCAGUGGAGGCAUGAUGCAUUCACAUUCAAGUAAUUCAGCCAUUAACAGACCUGUGCAGAUUCCAGGAGCAUCCAUGCAAAGGGGCAGUGGUGCGGGAUUUAAAACUUUUAAGGGUGGACCUCAGAGAAGAUUUUGAGCUUUCUAUUUUUGGUUUCUGGAUGGCUUAUUAAUUUCUUGUAAAGAUGUCUAAACUGAACAGGACUGAUAAAUAUAUAUAUAUUAUUAUUUUUUUUGUAAUUUUAAUUUUGCUCUACGGCAGAUGCAUUUUAAUGGUUGUGUUGAAUUAUUGAGCUAAUGUCAUACAAAAGCAUCCAUACUCUAAACUGUUUGGAUCCUGUGUUUUAAUUAGCAAACAAUUUCAAAAUAUAGUAGUGCAGGGAUUUUUUUUUAAUGUUAUAUAACAUUAUCUGGUCUCAUUGACAUUUAAACACUUUAAGUACAAAAUGUUUCUGCAUUUCUUAACCAGCAGUGUUUAAUCUUCUAUGUUUGCAAAGUGCUCGUGUUUGUGAAUCCUGGCCGCAAUAUUUUUCAUCAUUUGAUGUACUAUAUACUUUUUAGGUGAAAUUAAUAAAACAUUUUUGUUGUUUUGUU